AUGGCCAGCCUGGAUUCCUUCAACGGUCAGCGUGGGAAACCUCCUUUCCCCUUGAAAGUUGUCCACAUCAAGGUGCCCCAGUUUGGGAACGUCAUCCGAUCUGUGCCUAAGAGCUGCUUCUACUCCUCUGUCACCUCCACAGAGCUGGAGACCCCCUGGGCAAAGAGGUCUCUGAGAGAUGCCCUCAUCCAACUCCCGCAGUGGCUCACAGACACCUUCAACAUGGACACCAGGAAGCCUCGAAUCAUCGUUGGCUCCAGGGCUGCCUUCUUCGGCUACACGGUGCAGCAGCAUGACAUUGGUGGCAAGAAGUGGCUGGUCGUGGGUGCUCCAUUGGAAACCAACGGCCACCAGAAGACGGGAGACGUGUACAAGUGUCCAGUGACCCAUGGGAACUGCACCAAGCUCAACCUGGGAAGGGUCACUCUGUCCAACGUGUCUGAGAGGAAGGACAAUAUGCGCCUCGGCCUGAGCCUGGCCACCAACCCCAAGGACAACAGCUUCCUGGCCUGCAGCCCCCUCUGGUCUCACGAGUGUGGGAGUUCCUACUACACCACAGGGAUGUGUUCGAGAGUCAACUCCAACUUCAGGUUCUCCAAGACGGUGGCCCCAGCUCUCCAAAGGUGCCAGACCUACAUGGACAUCAUCAUUGUCCUGGAUGGCUCCAACAGCAUCUACCCCUGGGUGGAGGUUCAGCACUUCCUCAUCAACAUCCUGAAGAAGUUCUACAUUGGCCCUGGGCAGAUCCAGGUUGGAGUUGUCCAAUACGGAGAAGAUGUGGUGCAUGAAUUUCACCUCAAUGACUACAGGUCUGUACGAGAUGUGGUGGAAGCUGCCAGCCACAUUGAGCAGAGAGGAGGAACGGAGACCCGGACGGCAUUUGGCAUCGAAUUUGCUCGCUCAGAGGCUUUCCAGAAAGGUGGAAGGAAAGGGGCCAAGAAAGUAAUGAUUGUCAUCACAGACGGAGAGUCCCAUGACAGCCCAGACCUGGAGAAGGUGAUCCAGCAAAGCGAGAGAGACAACGUGACCAGAUACGCUGUGGCCGUCCUAGGCUACUACAACCGCCGGGGGAUCAAUCCAGAAGCUUUUCUAAACGAGAUCAAAUACAUCGCCAGUGACCCCGAUGACAAGCACUUCUUCAACGUGACCGACGAGGCAGCCCUGAAGGACAUUGUUGAUGCCCUGGGGGACAGGAUCUUCAGCUUGGAAGGCACCAACAAGAACGAAACAUCCUUUGGGCUGGAAAUGUCGCAGACGGGCUUUUCGUCCCACGUGGUGGAGGACGGGAUUCUGCUGGGAGCUGUUGGUGCCUACGACUGGAACGGAGCCGUGCUGAAAGAGACCAGUGGCGGGAAGGUCAUUCCUCUCCGAGAGUCGUACCUGAAGGAGUUCCCCGAGGAGCUCAAGAACCAUGGCGCCUAUCUAGGGUACACAGUCACGUCGGUCGUGUCCUCCAGGCAGGGGUGGGUGUACGUGGCUGGAGCACCCCGGUUCAACCACACGGGCAAAGCCAUCCUGUUCACCAUGCACAACAACAGGAGUCUCACCAUCCACCAGGCCCUGCGGGGUGAGCAGAUAGGCUCCUAUUACGGGAGUGAGAUCACCUCGGUGGACAUCGACGGCGACGGGCUGACUGAUGUCCUGCUUGUGGGCGCCCCCAUGUACUUCAGCGAGGGCCGAGAGCAGGGCCGAGUGUACGUCUACAACCUGAGACAGAAUCGGUUUGUUUAUAAUGGGACGCUGAAGGAUUCCCACAACUACCAGAACGCCCGAUUCGGGUCCUCCAUCGCCUCGGUUCGGGACCUCAAUCAAGAUUCCUACAACGACGUGGUGGUGGGAGCCCCUCUGGAGGACAACCACAGAGGAGCCAUCUACAUCUUCCACGGCUUCCAAGCCAGCCUCCUAAAGACGCCGAAGCAGAGAAUCGCCGCCUCCGACCUGGCUCCUGGCCUCCAGUAUUUUGGCUGUAGCAUCCACGGGCAACUGGACCUCAACGAGGAUGGGCUGGUCGACCUGGCGGUGGGCGCCCUGGGCAACGCUGUGAUUUUGUGGUCCCGUCCGGUGGUUCAGAUCAAUGCCAGCCUCCACUUUGAGCCGUCCAAGAUCAACAUCUUCCAUAGAGACUGCAAACGCAGCGGCAGGGAUGCCACCUGCCUGGCCGCCUUCCUCUGCUUCACACCCGUCUUCCUGGCACCCCAUUUUGAAACGGACACAGUCGGCAUCAGGUACAAUGCUACCAUGGAUGAGAGGCGCUACGCCCCGCGGGCCCACCUGGAUGAGGGCGGGGACCGAUAUACCAACAGAGCCGUCCUGCUCUCCUCUGGCCAGGAACACUGUGAGCGGAUCAACUUCCAUGUCCUGGACACUGCUGACUACGUGAAACCAGUGACCUUCUGGGUGGAGUACUCCCUGGAGGAUCCCGACCACGGCCCGGUGCUGGACGACGGCUGGCCCACCACCCUGCGAGUCUCGGUGCCCUUCUGGAAUGGCUGCAACGAGGACGAGCACUGUGUCCCUGACCUCCUGCUGGAUGCCCGCAGUGAUCUGCCCACAGCCAUGGAGUACUGCCAGAGGGUGCUGGGCAAGACCGUGCAGGAUUGCUCUGUCUACACGCUGUCCUUCGACACCACGGUUUUCAUCAUCGAGAGCACACGCCGGCGGGUCCCAGUGGAGGCCGUGCUGGAGAACAGAGGCGAGAACGCCUAUAGCACGGUCCUAAAUAUCUCGCAGUCAACAAACCUGCAGUUUGCCAGCUUGAUCCAGAAGGACGACUCAGAAGGCAGCAUCGAGUGCGUGAACGAGGAGAGGAGACUCCACAAGAAAGUCUGCAAUGUCAGCUACCCCUUCUUCCGGGCCAAGGCCAAGGUGGCUUUCCGGCUAGAUUUUGAGUUCAGCAAAUCCGUCUUCCUGCACCACCUGGAGAUCCGGCUCACGGCUGGCAGUGACAGCGACGAGGACGAGAGCACCAAGGAAGACAACACGGCCCUCCUGCGCUUCCACCUCAAAUAUGAGGCUGACGUCCUCUUCACCAGGAGCAGUAGCCUGAGCCACUACGAGGUCAAGGCCAACAGCUCACUGGAGAGGUACGACGGCAUUGGGCCUCCCUUCAGUUGCGUCUUCAAGAUCCAAAACUUGGGCUUGUUCCCUAUCCACGGAGUAAUGAUGAAGAUCACCGUCCCCAUCGCCACCAGGGCGGGCAACCGCCUGCUGAUGCUGAGGGACUUCCUUACUAACCAGGUGAACACGUCCUGUAACAUCUGGGGAAACAGCACCGAGUACCGACACGCCCCGACGGAGGAAGACCUGACCCGUGCCCCACAGCUGAAUCACAGCAAUUCUGACGUAGUCUCCAUCAACUGCAACGUGAGGCUGGCCCCCAACCAGGAGAUCAAUUUCCAUCUGCUGGGGAACCUGUGGUUGAGGUCCCUAAAAGCACUCAAGUACAAGUUGAUGAAGAUCACGAUCAAUGCAGCCUUGCAAAGACAGUUCCACAGUCCCUUCAUCUUCCGCGAGGAGGAUCCCAGCCGCCAGAUCACAUUUGAGAUCUCCAAGCAAGAAGACUGGCAGAUCCCGAUCUGGAUCAUUGUGGGCAGCACCCUGGGGGGCCUCCUGCUGCUGGCCCUGCUGGUCCUGGCACUAUGGAAGCUCGGCUUCUUUAAAAGUGCCAAGCGCAGGAGGGAGCCUGGCCUGGACCCCACCCCCAAAGUGCUGGAGUGAGGCUCAGAGGAGGCUGCAAGUCGAUGGGGGCCAGGACGCCAGUCCAGGCAGUGUGCAGGCCCAGGCCCAGGGCCCACUGAGUAGGGGUGAAGACCGCCAGCUCGCUUUGCACUUGACCUCAUCUCCUGAGAGACCAAGGCUGCACCCUCUGAAAGGAACUCAAGCCAGUGUUAAGAGGGAUUGCUCUAGUGGGAGGCCCAGACACCUCCAACACAGAGCCCUGGUGAUUUAGAGGGACCCCUCCCACGGCACCCCAAAGCCUCCCCCAGGCUCUGUGGGGGCAUUUGCUGCCCCGGCCACUAAGGUGCUAGGAAU